AUGAUUGUACCACGGGCAAAAACACCUCUCGAGGUGGUUAUUGUUGGUGCCGGCAUUGGUGGUAUGGCUGCCGCAUUGACAUUGGGCCAACGAGGACAUCAUGUCGUUGUUCUCGAAUCUGCCCCAAAGCUCAUGGAAGUCGGGGCUGGAAUCCAAGGCUCUCCGAACAUGCUGACGCUGUUUGACAGAUGGGGAGUCUCUCCCUCAAUACACGCCAAGGACGUCGCCUUGGAACACAUUCACGUCCGACGAUGGGAGGACGGCAGUCUUCUGGGAACAAUGCCCGUGAACAAGACAUACGGCCAGCAAGUAGUGGUCCACCGCGCAGAUCUCCACGAUGCGCUGAUCGAAAAGGCUGUGGCGUUGGAGAACGUCGAAGUACGAGUCAACUCGACGGUCACUCGCGUGCAGUUCGACCCUCCAGCCGUGACCCUUGCCAACGGGACCGUGGUGUACGGCGAUGUAGUCAUUGCAGCAGACGGGAUCAAAUCCGGCAUUCGCGACCAGCUGCUCGGCGCGGAAGCUACCAAGGCCAUGCCCACUGGAGACGCUGCGUACAGAAUCAUGCUUCCCCGAAGCGCAAUGGAGCAUGAUCCCGAGCUGAAGGAGCUCAUCGACGAGCCCCAAGCGACCCGGUGGAUCGGCCCAUACCGCCAUAUCAUCGCUUACCCGGUCCGCAACCACCAGCUAUACAACAUCGUCCUGCUUCAUCCAGACCGCAGCGACGUCGAAGAGUCGUGGACAACCAAGGGCUCGAAGCAGGCUAUGGUCGAUCACUAUCGCGGCUGGGACAGGCGAGUCACGAAGCUCAUCGACCUGGUCCAAGACGACGAAGUCCUCGAGUGGAAGCUCUGCCUGCACCCGCCUCUCAAGACGUGGAUCAAGGGCCGCGUGGCCUUGAUCGGCGAUGCCUGCCAUCCAAUGCUUCCGUACGUUGGACAAGGCGCCGCUCAGGCAGUCGAAGACGCCGCCGCCCUCGGCGUCCUCCUGUCCACGAUCUCCUCGCGGAGUGAAAUCCCCCUGGCCCUGGAGGCAUACGAACGAUCCCGCAAACAACGCGCAGAGACGGUGCAGCAGUCCGGCACCACCAACCGCGCUACCCUGCAUCUUCCAGACGGACCGGAACAACAAGCCCGCGACGACCAGUUCCGCGCUGCGAUGAACGGUGCAUCGAACCCCGACAAAUGGGCCGAUCGGGAGACACAGAAAUUCCUCUGGGGAUGGGAUGCAGAGAAGGUGGCCUUGGAGGCCUGGGAAGGUGAAUUCUCUAUAAGCUAG